GCAGGAUAUUUCAUGUAAAUUGCUACCGUUGAUGAAGAUAACUGCUAGAGUGAUACCCAACUCCACUCUGCUGAGCUUCGAAACUAGAAAUUUUGAAAUGCUUCUUCUCCAUCUUCACCCCUGCAUAUCUCUUCAGAAACACCCAUUUUUUUCUCCUCCUUCCCUCUUCUUCAACAGCCACAACAAAGCUUCAGUAUCUGCGUUUAGGGUGGGAAGAUGGGAAGCACUCAAGAAAAGUAGAAGAAGAGGACAAGGACCUCCGGUCAGAGCGGCGGAGAAAGAUUCGGAUUAUGAAGUUGACCCGGAUAAGGCCCGAGAGGCUCUGAGAAAGCUCGAUGAACAGCUUCAAUCUCUUGCCCAGAAAAAACCCGACCCUCCUCCUAAGAUUAGAGCUUCAGAUGUGAAUGGUGCUCCGAGUCGAAUGACACAAGUCCCAGAAGCAAAAGAAAUUACGUCUUCUGAUUUGGUUAAUUUAGCCAUUCUUCUCUUUGUGCUUACCAUUUUGUAUAAUGUGUUCUUCCUGGCGGUGAUUAAGCCCGCCGUUGAUGGACCGGAGGAUAUUGCUCCAGAAAUCACUUCAGUUUUAGAAACUCAACAAGCUUCUUCACCAUUUCAGGGAACGUAAUCUGUUGGGUAUUUGAAAAUGUACCAUUUUCUUGUCUCACAGAAACAUCAUACGACUCAUUUCCAUGUCAAAUGUUAUACAUACCAUGAAGGCAUGAACUGAUUCUGCUUUACAAAGUUACUGUUGAGAUUUCAGUUGAAUAAGAGAAAUAAAUCAUUUAUUCAAA